AUGGCUUUAGUUUUACCAAUUUUUGCAACUGAAAAUACUUUAUUGGUUACCGAGAAUGAUUUAGGAAGAGGUUUUAGUGUUGACGAUAAUGGAGCAAAUGCUAAAAAGAGCAAUGUUUAUAUUUGCACUAAAGAAGAUAUGACAACAGUAAGAUCAAUAACAGACUCAAAUAAACUCACAUUAAUUAAUGAUCAAGAAUCAUUAACUUCUGCAUUAAAUGUUAGUGGUGAAUUAAGUUUAUCAUAUGGUCUUAUGUCAGGAAAAAUUAUGGGUGAAUAUUUAGAUACCAGUUCAUCAAAUUCUAAUAAAUUAACAUUCUUAUUUACAAGAAGAAAGGUAACAAAAAUUGUUGAACUUAAAUCUACUGCCAAAACUACAAAAGAGUUACAAGCAAUUAAUAAUAUUGAUUCCCUUAAAUCUAUUUAUGGUCUUUUUUAUAUUAGUAAAAUUGAAUAUGGUGCAAUUUUAGAUUUAAAAAUUACUAUUGAAUCAUCUGAUUCAAAAACUAUGAAUGAAUUAAAAGGUGAAUUAGAAGGAAAUGUUGAUAUUAAUAAACUUUCAAUUAAAGUUAAAGGUAAAAUGGAUAAAGAAGAUGGUUCAUCUAAAUCCAAAAUUAAUGUUACUUCAUCAGUUAGUAUGAGUGGAUGUAAAGAUUUAAAGAAAGUUCAUAUUCAAACUUUAGAUGAAGCCAAUCAAUUAAUUGGAGCAUUUGAAGUUGAUGAAGAAGCAUUAGUACCAGUUAGAAUGGAAAUUUCUCAAAUUCCAGCAAAUUUAACACCAUCACUUACAAUUGAUCCAAUUCAAUUCAAUCAUUAUAAGAAGAAAUUAUCAGAUGUUGGUAAAACUUAUUUAGAAUAUCAACAAAUGAUUUUACAAUUGGAUGUUUUUAAACAAUUAAUUCAACCAAUGUUAGAAGAUGAUGAUAAUGCUGAAUACAUUGAAGAUUUACAUCCAAAAGUUGUUGAAUUUAUUUCAUUACUUAAAUCAUCACAAGAUAAACUUAUUGGUUUUAUGCAAGGUUCAAUGAAUAAUAUUUUAACAAAUGAAAUUCCAGUUACUGAUGCAGAUGCAGAAUCUAAAAAAUCAAUUGCAAAACAAAUGAUUGGUUCAUCAUUUACAAAGACUGAUAGUGGUAGAUGGAAAGGUCCAACUGUUGGUGGAAUUCCAACAUAUAAAGGAACAUAUAAAUACAUUGAUGGCUCAGAAUAUGAAGGAUUAUGUUUAAAAGGUAAACGUCAUGGUAAUGGCAAAAUGACUUAUUAUGAUGGCAACCCAGAUGAUUUUAAAUCAAUUGAAGGCAAUUGGAAAAACGAUGAAGUUAAUUUCCCUUCAACAGUUACUUAUUCAAAUGAAAAACCAGUUGUGACUAUUACAGGUGCAAAAGAUUUAGCUAAAUGGAAUGAAACUCUUAAAAAGAAUGAAACUCAAUAA